AUGUGGCAGAUUGUUGCGGUGAAGCAGCUGAACCAGGAUGGAAUGCAGGGGAAUCAAGAAUUCAUCGUUGAGGUUCUGAUGUUGAGCUUACUACACCAUCCUAAUCUCGUUACCUUGACGGGCUACUGUACUGCUGGAGACCAGAGAUUGUUGGUCUACGAGUACAUGCCUAGAGGCAGCUUGGAACGUCAUCUUUUUGAUGCGGACACUGGCAAAGAGCCACUGAGUUGGAGCACACAGAUGAAAAUUGCAGUCAAUGCAGCUAGAGGCCUAGAGUACCUUCACUGCAAAGCAAAUCCACCAGUGAUCUACCGUGACCUAAAAUCUGCAAACAUCUUGUUGGACAAGGACUUUCACGCCAAGCUAUCUAAUUUCGGGCUUGCAAAACUGGGACCAGUUGGCGACAACACUCACGUCUCCACUCGAGUCAUGGGAACGUACGGAUACUGUGCCCCUGAGUAUGCCAUGAGUGGGAAAUUGACUCUUAAAUCAGACAUCUAUAGCUUUGGCGUGGUGCUGUUGGAGCUCAUCUCUGGACGUAAGGCAAUGAAUUAUAGCAGAAGGCAAGGGGAGCAGAACCUCGUUGUGUGGUCUCGCCCCUAUCUGAAGGACCAGAAGAAAUUUUGUCAAAUGGUUGACCCUCGGCUACAAGGCUGCUACCCUCGUCGGUGUCUGAACUAUGCCAUUGCCAUAGCUGGAAUGUGCCUCCACGAUGAGGCACAUUUACGCCCUUUGAUUGGCGAUAUAGUGGUCGCCCUCGAGUACCUAGCUGCCCAAAGCACUGAGCACAUGAGCGGAAAGGCAAGAAGCGAGAUCGUCUUACCCUCCUCAACAUCAGACAGAAGCGGGCCAAUGACACCACCCUCCUCAAAACUGGAGGCAAAUGCACGAAGUGAAAUCAUCUUGCCCUCCUCAAAAUCAGAUGAAAGUGGAGCAAUGAUGCCACCCUCCUCAAAAUCAGAGGUAAACACCCGAAGCGAAAUCAUCUUGCUCUCCUCAAAAUCAGACAGAAGCGGACCAAUGACACCACCCUCCUCGAAAUCAGAGAUAUCUUGCAAGCUGUGAGAAAGGAUGGAAAGUGUGAAUAUACAUAAAAUUUAUUGAUGGAUGAAUGUUGUUUAUAUACAGAAUGUGUACAUGAAUUGCACAUAAGGGUGGUGUGUGAUGUAUGGGAGGGUAGAAGGGGCUUCCUUUGUU